AUGGUCGUUCGUAGCCGAACGGAACAACUUCGUCGGAUGGCGGCUGCACAAUGGGAGGCUUCCUGGGGCGCAGCGGCUUCCCUGCAAGACCAUCGUACAGAGGGCCUGGUCGAGUAUCUUGAGAGCACCCGCAACGCAGGCACAGGAAAGACACCUCCGCGGAGCGGCGCAAGUGCUGCGCCAGACGCACCCCAGUUUGCGAGCAACGAGAAGCGAGCGCCUCAGCAAGAGCCCCUACGACCAUUGAACGAGGCGCUGGUGCGUUUAACGCCUACGACAGACUUUUUUGAGAACGUGCAAAGUACGGGCGUGGUGUCGGUUUCGACAGCUCUGGAAAGUGGCGGCGACAGGUGGACAACAGGUCAACGUUUAGCUCCGAAAACGUUCGCGUCGGGAAGCGCUCCAGGUUCUGCAGACCAAGCAGCAAAGCCAGAAAUCGUACUCAUUCAGGCUCAACAAAAGAGCUUGACACCUUCGAUAUCGAAAAGGACGAGAGAGAAUGGCUCAGGGCGAUCCAGAGUACAUGCGAAGCCAGUACCCGAGUCCUCGUUUGGCGAUGUUGAGGCACGAACCUGUGCGUUUAUAGAGCAAUGGCUCUGGGUGGCACUUACUGCUAACAAGACCAGCAUUGGAACGUCCCAGAGUCAGGUAGAUGGCCUCAUCAUGGACGGGUGGUGGAGGUGGAACACGCCCAGCAACGCAUGCCCAUGGACAAAGGAGUGCGUCUCACUUGCCCGCGUUCUCGAGAAACUCGAAUGUGAGCGACUUGCUGCAUCGGAGCAAGCCCUGGAUCGUCUCCAACAGCGACUAUGUGAAGUGCGGGCCGUUUCAACCACAGCAGGAGCAGCAGCGGCAGCAGCUACUUUAGGUUCCGCGGGACAUGUCACAAAGUCGCCCUCUGGAGUGCGAGGCGCCUCUGUACCAGGGGAAACCUUUCCCUCGCUGGAUGCAAUACAUUCUCCAUGUGGCGAUCCGCAAGCACCAGCAAUAACAAAAACAACAACAGCAACAACGAUGAAACUUACUGGGAGCGCUAGCGCACAUUCUGGUGCCACUGAAAGCGCCUCAUCUAGGUAUGCACAAGGCGCAAAACUUCCAUCUUCUCUCCCGGUAAGUGGUAGCGUUUCGAGUCCGGAUGCGUCAGCCUUGACACUCGAACGGGAGCCGCACACCAAUGCCCACACCCGGGCAUACUCCAAACCGGAAACGAAACCGAUUCAGACUAGUCGAGCUGGAGUCACGUCGAAGGACGCGUCACCGUCACCGUCACCGUCACCAAGACCACAUACAUCGCUGCUGACACCGACUCCUGCAAGCACACUCGCACCAGACACGAGAAGAGAUGCAUCCGUGGACGCUUCAACCCGUGCAACAUCGGCUAUCGACGGCACUGCAGCGAGCGACGCGCCGACGACGCAGGUAUCCCGUGCCUCUCCGGAAACAGCGCUUCCCGCAGAUGUGCAACAGGUGUUGGAUCACUAUACGCAAAUCUGCAACCUGGCGGACAAGUUCCAGCAAGAUCCAGCGUCACAGUCUCUGCGUUUCCAGUUGCGAAAACGCAUUAACUUGGCAGUCAACCAGAUUGGGCUAUCGUUACCCUCGGUCCUGCACAAGUCCAGUGUCCUCGCGGCGCUGCUGCACGAGUCACUCACGACUGAGACUGCGGUCGAGUCAUCAGAAUCCGUCUCCUUGCUGGACGCUUGGUUACAGUUGCAGGUUGUUCGACGAAUCGUUCGUGAAGGCGCGGAGCAGGUGGUUGUCUCCCUGCCGUCCAGUUUUGCCCUGGGUGCGGUGCUCGUGCUCUUGACCCAGCAACAUCCACGUCUGAAACCAGUGGUGCUGGGCACCUUUUAUCAAUUGUGUCCGUACACGAUCCCGCACUGGUAUCGACGUCGACCUGGAGAGUCGCUGGAAGCGUACCUGGUUCGGCUGGGCUACAGCAAACCUAACGAGUCCUUCGAGAGCUACUACGAGCGCAUGGGCGGAUACCUCUCGCUCUUUGCAGCUAUGCUACAGACCGCUUUACCGAAUAUGCACCCGAACCCGUACGGCACUGGCAUGCUUUGGACUUGGAGCGCCCGCGUUGUGAACGCUAAACCGCGGCGCAUGACAUGCCUGCUUCUAGGCAACGUGUUCGAAGUCGCUGGAUAUGCGCUGAGCCAACAGUACGGCAACCAGUUCCGGAAACUGCUACGUCUUGUGGAGGCAGAAGUGCUCCCACGACUGCCCAAAGACGCACCACCGGGUCCGACAGCUCGCCUGAAACACUGGAUAGAGGAGGCGCUGCGCAGUGGACCGCAGCCAUGUCCAGGGCAUAUCCUGCCUAUGCGGGACUCGCAAAACACCUAA